AGCGCUGCCGUGGGAGCCUCUCGGUGUUCCCAGCACUGCUGCUGUCCUGCAUGCCCAGCCGGGCAACCACUGGGCCAGGACAACCUCGUCACCAGCCCGGGUCCGUGCAGGAGUGCUGGCAGCAGGGAGAACCCCCCGGGGACUCAGCGAUGCUGGGACUGCGCCCGCAGCCGCUUCGGGACCGGUGAGCAGGGUGGGGGAAAGCUCCAUGGGGCUUCAUCUGCUGGAGGGGCCGGGCCAGCAUGGAGCCAGCCAGCGCCCUUCCCAACGCCUCCGGUAACGGCAGCGGCGCUGGCAGUGCCCCUCACUCGCCCGCAGCCACGGGGCUCAUCCUGCUGGCAGCCCUGUCCGUCCUGCUGGCCACGCUGGUGGGCAACGCUCUGGUGGUGGUGGCCAUCUCCACCAGCCGGGCCCUGCAAGCCCCACAGAACCUCUUCCUCGUGUCCCUGGCCUCGGCAGACAUCCUGGUGGCCGUCCUCGUCCUGCCCUUCUCGCUGGCCAACGAGGUGAUGGGCUACUGGUACUUUGGCGGGCUGUGGUGCAGCCUGUACCUGGCGCUGGACGUGCUGCUCUGCACGGCGUCCAUCGGGCACCUCUGUGCCAUCAGCCUCGACCGCUACUGGGCCGUGACACGGGCGGCACGGCUCAACCUGCGCCGCAGCCCGCGGCGGGUGAAGGGCAUGAUCGGGGCGGUGUGGGCGGCGGCGGCCCUGGUGGCACUGCCGCCGCUCCUGCGGCCGCGGCCGGCCGGGCGGGAGUGCCAGCUGAGCCAGGAGACCUGGUACGUGCUGGCCUCCUGCGCCGCCUCCUUCUUCGUGCCCUGCCUCGUCAUGGUGGCCGUCUACUGCCGCAUCUACCGCCUGACUGCCCGGCGGACGGCCGCCCUGCUGGCUGCCCGCUCCCCGCGCCCCGCCAGCGGCGAUGGAAAGGCGUCGGGUGUUGGGAUGCUGAGAUGGCGUCGCCGGAGCCAGCACCAGAGCGUGCUGCUGUGCCGCCGGCGGCUGGUGCGGGCGCGGGAGCGGCGCUUCACCGUCGUGCUGGCCGUGGUGAUGGGCGCCUUCGUGCUGUGCUGGUUCCCCUUCUUCUUCACCUACAGCCUGGGCGCUCUCUGCGGGCAGGGCUGCCACGUCUCCAAGCCGCUCUUCAACUUCUUCUUCUGGAUCGGCUACUGCAACAGCAGCGUCAACCCCCUCAUCUACACGCUCUUUAACCGGGACUUCCGCGCUGCCUUCCGCCGGCUCCUCGCCGUCCCGCACCGGCACCGCACUUAGGGACGCGCUGGGACACCGGGGACACGGCCCCGGCCCUGCUCAGCCUUCACGGCACCUGGCCCCAGCACAGCCCUGGAUGGCAGUGCCAGUGUGCAGCUCAAGGGGCUUCUGGAAAUGCAGGAUUGAAUAAAACGAGACCAGAUGCUGUGCCUGGGGCUGGUGUCUGCCUCCAGGGAGCCCAGGAAGAGGCACCAAGCGCCAGCACCUUUUGUCACCCGCAUCACCCCACGCAUGUGCCUUGCAGCGGUGGUGGUGACAACUUGCUGUGGCAGCUCCAGUGAGUACCAGCCCUCCCCACUCCCAGAUGAAUGUCUGUGUCCCCCAGCACUCUGUCGUGUAGGGGAUGGACCCCAUGGCUGCUGCAAGGAGACAAAACCAGCAUCACCAGCACUGGGCUGAGCUGGCUGUGCCACCACGGCAGCCCUGUCCCUCUCUGUCCCCGCUGGGAACAUGCCAGCUGUGCUGUGCCAUGGGGGCUCUGUGAGGGCACACACAGACCCACGGUGGGGUACAAGGGCUGCAGGCCUGGCGUGGAACACCCCACAUCCUGCUCGGGGACUGUGCUGGGAUCUUGCUGCAGGAGGGAAAGCAGGAAUGACAUCCCAGAGCCAGAAAUCUGUUCUCCCCUGGGGGAGUGUCAGAGAUGGGAUCGAAUGGGAACAGGCUCCAGCACAGCCUGACGUGCAAGAGGCCACAGAGGCAGCUGUGGGGCGAAGACCCAGGGACAACCACAUCCCCCUUGGGGGGCAGAAACCGCCCCACACCCCCCUGCCUGGCUGCCUGCCUCGCUCUGCACAGACACCCGGAGGUCAGGGGCUGCUCCACUUCUUCAGCUCUGCUGCUCAAAAUAGAAAAUCUCAAAACAUUGGACUUUCUCUGGGCUAAAAACAGCUGCUGGCGCCUGGGAGCUGGAGCUCAAGGAACACUGGUCCCCGCCAGCCCUCGCAGCCCCUUCCAGGGUGGGUGCAGCUCAGCUGGGCUCUGGGGGGCUGGAUGGGGAGGGGGCACUGGCAGCAGUGAGGAUCCCCAGUGUGGGGAGGCUCAGGAGUGAGCUCUGGAGCCAGCAGAGGCUCCCAGUGGGAUGGGCUGGGAUGGGUCCUGGUGCUGGCUCUCAGAGGGGUCUGACCCGGGGCUGGAGCUGCACGGGCACUGCCCGCGGAAGGAGCUGCCCUAUCGCUGCCACCCAGCUUCCCCUCCCUUCUCCUUCUCACCACUGAACAACAUUUUGCUUCUAAAAAUACCCAGACGAGGGCAGCCAGUGGGGACACGGCCAGGCCAGUUCUCCCAGUGCCCUGGCCACCACCCUGGUGCCAGCAGGGUGCCAGGCACUCUCCAUCCUCCCGGGCAUGGGCACACAGGAGCAGCACACUCUGCUAAAACACAGAGUGGCAGCUGCUCCACCUGAGCUGCUGCUGGAUCUGCCGGGGACAUCAGGAUCCUCUGGCCACUGGUGCUGCCCCAUGUGCCCCCCGCUGUCCCUGAGUCCUGUCAGUGAUGGGAAAGGUGCUGCAGAACGCCAGGUGGGAGGGAACAGAGAACAGCAGCCCAAGGGUUAAUGCUGGAAAUGGAUGGGAACAGAGUUACCUCGUUUGAAGUUCAAAAUAAACACUUUGGAAGGAAAGCAGCUCUAAAAGAGGAGCUCUCACACCCUGAGCUCAUCCCUCCAGGCAGUGACAGAGAGAU